GAAGGUCGGGAUGCGCGGAUGGUUGCAAAGUUAAGGGGUGUCCAACAGGUGAAGUGGGGAUCCCUCCACUCCUGCAAAUAUUGUGGUAGCCAGAGACGAAUCAGUCUUCUCCCGGUACUUGCCAAGUCCUGUUCUCACCGUCUGUGUCCCCCCCAUACGACUAUUUAAAAAUUUACGUCGAUCCGUCACGAAGUUUUUUUUCUUUCAAAUAUCUGUGCCAAGUGAAAUUAAGUACAUUAAGCCGUCCUUCAAUCCUGACAGGUCAUGGAUCGGAUAAAUAAUUGAAAAAAUAUAGAACGCUAACAGAUCUAUUUAGGCUGCUAGGACAUGGAGGUCAGGAAUAUCCAAUGCCAUCUUCUUCAUCUAUGACUAGUUUAUUCAAUAGCGUAAGCUUAUAACGGGUCAUGAAUAUACGAAGGCCAACAUCUAUAGACAAGGCAAAUCUGGAGUGUUGAUGGGAGUAUGUGAUGGGCGGGCCUGUAUUAGGCCUUUGCUUCCUCACAGUCCUCUCCCUAAUUGGCCUAUGUCUCAAUCUUUACAUUCUUGCCAUCGUACUUCUCACCAAACAGGUUGAAGGUGGAGGAGGUGGAAGAGUACUUCUUGGACAUUUGGGUUUAAUAGGUGCCCUUCUAUGCGUCCUUUUUCUCGUUUCAUCGUCGCCGGCGAUUGUUAAGCAGCAGACCCUCAUCCCUUGCUCCUUGGCCGGUUCUCUGUUUAUUCUCCUGCACCCUUUAGCCCUCUAUACCCUCUGCGGGUUGAAUUGUGACAGGUACGUCGCAAUCGCCGCUCCACUGCAUUACGCAUCCCUUGUCCAGCCGAGGAAAGUGGCCCUCGGGCUGGCCAUCGCCUGGAUCCUCUCGCUUUCUUUCGCUUUGCCACCUCUAUAUAACCACAGUUAUCAUUACAAUAAUGGCCUGCUCACCUGCUUGCCGAAGCUGGAGGACAAACUUGCCCGAUGGUACUUUGUCGCCUACACAGCUCUCACUCUUCUCUUACCAGCCGCGCUCAUCAUGGCCUGCAACAUGAAGGUGUUGAUGAUAGCGAGGUAUCAUAGGCAUCGAAUCGCGAGGGCAAUUUUUGAAGUCACAUUGUCCGCCCAAGUGACCAUCACCCACCAGAAGAACCCAUUUCUGGUCGCGUCAAGUGGUGGCAGUGGUGCACGGGGCAGAUCCGCUUCCACGAGUAUCCUCCAACUGGUCGGCUCUCUUUUACUAUUAUACGUCCCAUACUAUUGCCUUAUACUUUGGCAAUCUGUUGAAAAAGUACCAUCAGAAGGGAUGCUAACAAUCGCUUCUGGAUUAUUGGCUUGCACGCCGCCCUUAAACGGCCUCCUUUACGGCUUAAAGAACAAACUUCUAAGGAGAGCGUUCAGACACUACUGGAGGAAAAAGAUGACCAAAAGCGAACUAGAUCAGGAAAUCCAAGCGAGGACACCGUCCCGUCGACCUUCACUCACUCCGCAGAGGGUCUGGAGGCCCGUCAGCACUGGCGCUUUAGGUCACAACUCUCCAAGGACUCCUAGUUUGCGGCACAGUGCUACUUCCACGAGUAUUUUGACAGCCCAGAGGCCCACCGUAUUGAGGCAGAGCAGGCCAAAAAUCACUGUCACCAGAGCCGGGAGCAUCGAGGAAAGGUCGGGGCCUGUCCGGAUCAAAGUACGACUGGGUGGCAGUUCAUCCAGUGUGAGCGGUGACUCCGACCUUACUCAGGAAGACUGGGGUGGAGGCUGGAAUCUGGCCACAUCGUCUUCCUCCCUCCCGGCAAGGACUGAUGACCCCACAUGAAACACCAGAUGCUAGUGGAUUAACUCUACAAGCAUUUAUAAUCAUAAUUAAUUUAUAUAUCGUUGAAUCGUGUUUUAGAAAAUUGUGUUAUUUCAUGAAUGAGCUUAUUUUGGUGUAAAAAAUUUUAUUUAAAAAAAUACCAACGCAAAGAAGUACUAGUAUGACGUUCUAUGAUAAGUGUUGAGAUAAUAUUAUUUACAUCAACUCGAAUCUCCCGUUGGGUAAUAAAAUGGCCAUUUUCUCUAAACAAAACAAACCAAAAUGCAUUUUAGACUAGUCUUGCUUGUUUUAUUUUUUUUUAUUUUAUAUUUUUUUACAUCAGAAGUAGAAUAUUCUAUACCAUAUUGCUUGUCUGUCAGAAGGUUUAGUCUAUCGUAGCAUAAAGCCAUAAAAAUUACCACAGUAUGAUCAUUCCGUUUUGUAUUUAUUUCUAUUUUGUUUGUAAAUUUAUUGCAAUGUGCAGAUACGCCUCGUCAAAAUGUGCCCAUUCCAAGGCAGGAUAGAAUUUAUAAAUUACCAUUUUGUACAUUUUACCCCUGCCGAAAAACUAGUUUGACCAACUUGAAUUACAGAAUAUCAAUGUGCAUUUACAAUUAGAAUUAAAUUAUUAAAACUGACUGAAUAGUGAGUGAUGUUUGUUGAAAAUUGACAAUUGAACUGGUAAUAAGGCUAGGGAUACCAUAGUACAAUUAUACAUUGGCAUCAAGGACCAAGAUAAUCGGCUGUUAAUACAUCAUGAAGGCUUGUGUCAUUUUAUUUAGUCAAAUAUUUAAUUUGAUUCAUUGUUAACAAUAAGAACAUUUUUAUAUAAAAGAUUGAGCUAUAUUUGGCUUAUAUUGUGUUGAUUUAUUUUGUUUUAUGCUUAAUUGUGUUACUGGAGAUUACAAUUUCCUAAACAAUAUACUCACAAAUUUUAAUGUUUAA